AUGAAAUUGGAUGUAGUCGUUUUGUUAUUUCUAGCCAUUCCAGCAACAAGAUGGCUGGAUUUAACAGACGAAGAUCACCAAAAGGCAACAAGUGAUAUAAGAUACGUGUACGCAAAUGUUGCUAAAGAGAUCAACGAUAUGUACAAAUCUAUUAACUCAAGUAGAUACACAUUCUCGACAAGAGUUGUUAAAUUAAUAAUAACCAAGGAAUCUCACGACCCUCCGUUUACAGAGUAUCACCCGGCGAGGAAGAACUUGCGUGGAAUCAAUAUGUGCCAAGCCAACAUCCAGUUCAGCAAAUGGCUGGAGAAGAAAAAACACUUUUUUCCAGCUUACGAUGUUGCCAUUGCCUUCAUGAAAUACGCGGACGGGCUAACUGGAAUGGGAUUCAAAGAAGGUGUGUGCUCGCCUUUGAACAGUGCAGUUGCAACAGAUAUGGGCAUUUACGGGACCAGCGAUACUGCUGCACAUAAGAUCGGACACAUCUUAGGAGCGAUGCACGACGGCGAGGGCAACAACUGUGCAGCAGAGGAGAGCCACAUCAUGACGCCACUUCAGAAUCCGAAAAACAAACACAAACACACCUUUUCUAGAUGUUCCGUCAAAUAUUUUGAAGAUUACGUCGCGAAUUUGACCGAGAGAAAAUUUAUUUUUUAUUUUUUAUUUAAUUUUUCAAAUUUUUCAGAAUAA